AUGCUGGAUCCCGUGGAUAUGGAUAUUGCUGAUUCUGAUUUUCUCAACAACCAACUUGAUAAUGGAGACUCUUCUGACUCUGACAUUGAUAAUUACUGCAUGUCUUUUACUUGUAAGAAUCGCUUAUUCGGCCGCCAGAAGCCUCUUCAUGUUGUCCUCGGCGCCGGUGUAUCUGCUGACAUUAUACUCUGGAGAAACAAGCAGAUCUCAGCCUACAUUUUUAUGGGUGCUACACUUACGUGGCUUCUCUUUGAGAGGACAGGUUAUAACUUGGUUGUGUUUGUUUGCCAUGCUUCAUUGCUUUCAUUGACAGCCCUGUUCUUGUGGUCCAAUUUGGGUUCCUUCAUCUAUGUGUCUCCACCAGAAAUACCAGAGACUAUCUUACCACAACAUCUGUUUAUGAGGACCGCUAUUUCCUUGACAGCUACAUAUAAUCAAGCAUUAAGGUCGUUUCGGCAUGUAGUUUUUGGGACAGACAUAAGAGAUUUCCUAUCGGUGGCGCUGGUUUUGUGGGUUCUCUCUGUUGUCGGACAUCUAUGCAGUUUCUUGAGUUUCCUUUACAUAGUGUUUGUGAUACUGAUGAUAGUGCCAGCGCUGUAUGACAACCUGGAGGAUAGCGUUGACUCCUUUGCAGAGAAAGCACUAAUUGCAAUAAACAAGCAGUACGCAGUGUUGGAUGAAAAAGUUAUCCAAAAACUCAAAAAGAGUGUAAUUUCUUCCAAGAAUAGGAAGCAACAAUAA